AUGCUAAUGUGCCCAUUAUUACUUUUUGACGCUCGAAGUAGGUCGCCGAUUCUUAAAAGCGUAACAUCCACUCAACAACACUGGUCGCGAUACUUUCCAAUUGCGUAAUGUUUGUAUUGCUAUGAAGAUAAAUUGAAAUGACUAUCCAACGCCCGAACACGAACAAUAUCUGAGUGACCUCGUUGAGAGUUGUUUCGUAAAAAGGACAAAUUCUUAGACAGGUCAGCGCUUAGCAGUUUCAAUUUCACGAAACGACCAGUGCGACCUCAAUAUUUUAUUUUGUGUCAGCAUUGUAAUGGAAUACAUUCGAAGAUUAACGGAAAGUUUAGAAGUUUGGCAAUUUGUGGUCGUUGGUGUAGUUACCUUUGUAGUGAUGAGAAAACUGCGCAGAUACUUUACUGUUCUAAAGAAAUACACGGCCGAAGGCAAAACAAUUUUGAUCACUGGAGCCAAUACAGGAAUCGGCAGAGCUGCGGCAAUCGAGUUUGCAAAGCGAGGUGGUCGUGUUAUUUUAGCAUGCCGUGAUACAGAAAAGGCCAAGCGAGCGGCUUAUUACAUACGGGAAAGAACUAACAAAGGUUUGUUGGUUAUUAAACAACUUGACCUCUCAUCCCAGGAUUCUGUUCGAAAGUUUGCAAAUGACAUUUUAGCAACUGAGGAUAGACUGGAUGUUUUGGUGAAUAAUGCAGGGGUGUUUGGACUUCCAUACGGCCUGACUGAAGAUGGAAUUGAAACAACUUUUGCAGUAAAUCAUUUAAGCCAUUUCUUGCUCACAAACAUGCUUUUAGAUUUGAUGAGAAAAAAACAACAUGCUCGUAUCAUCACAGUGACAUCUAUGCUCUAUGCACGGGGUAUAAUUGAUAUAGAUGAUAUUGUGAAAGGGGGGCACAAAUCCAGUUCAUACAGCCAGAGCAAGUUAGCAAACAUCAUGUGUGCUAAUGUAUUGAGCUCUCGGUUAGCUGGAUCUGGGAUCACUGUAAAUUCUGUAAGCCCUGGUAUGGUGAAGACAGACUUAGCUCGGCAUAAAAUUGGAGAAUCUUUCAUGAAGAAUCUCAUGUAUGAGACUGUAGGCCGACUGCUUUUGAAAACCCCUGAACAAGGAUGUGAAAUGAUUAUUUCCUGUGCGUUGGAUUCAGAUUUUAAGAGCACAACUGGAAAGCUUUUCAGGAAUGGCCAAAAACUAGAACUGAACGAUGUAGCAAAAGAUGAAUCUACAGCAUUGAGGUUAUGGGAUGUUUGUAUGGAUUUGACAAACUUGCAUUGAUAUAGGUUGCUUCCGAGUGUAUUUCAGGUAGUACUAAAAUAUAUGUUUUCUACUGGUAUUCUUCACCUUCUGCCAGUGCCAUGACCCUUUAAACAACAUUCCUAAUUUUGUGUGGAGGUGUGAGUCACAAAAAGUAUGUGGCAUAAAAUUAGAAUUUUUUGCAAUUACCACUGUUUUAUUAUCAGUUUAAAAUAUAUGUACUUUUAGAUAUUCACAUCA